AUGGCACCACGAAUUAUUCUCGCCCGGCGGUGGACGCUGGUGCUGGUGGUGAAGUGGCACGUGGUCCAGGUGUUGCUGGUGUUGCUCCUGUUCCAAACCGCCGGCCAGCAUCGGGCGGCCGGCCUGACGCCGACCGUGCCGACCACCGGCCAGACGAAGCUCAUGCUGAAGGAGAGCCUCCUGAUACCGUCGAUGGACCCGGAGAAGGAGGCCAAGGCGAUGUACGAGAAGGCGCUGCAGCAGUACGGCGUGUACGGCAAGACGCUAAAGGAGAUCUGCAAGCCGUGGAUCGCGCGCGGCUGCCAGUGCAGCGGCACCAAGGAGGAGGUGGCCCUCGCUUGCCGCGGCCUCGGCCUAGACGCCGUCCCGGCCGAUCUGCCGACGGAGCUCGUCAAACUAGACCUUAGUUACAACAACAUAACCAACCUACCAAAUAAGUCGUUCGACAUGCUGCCAAAUCUGGAGGAGCUACUCCUUUCCCACAACAAGCUGGUGACCGUCAGCAGCGAGACCUUCUUCGGGCUGGCCAGCCUGAAGAAGGUGGCGCUCCAAGGCUGCGGCCUAACGCGUGUUCCAAUCGAAGCCCUGAAGCGCGUCCGCACCAUAAUCCAUCUCCACCUGGACAACAACCUGAUCGCCGACGUGGAGAACGUUACCUUUCGCGGGUUUCACCAACUGAAGAGUUUGAGACUGGACGGCAAUCUGCUGCAGCGGGUUCCGACGGAAGCCCUGAUCGGACUGAGAUCAUUAGAAGCUUUAAACCUAGGAAAUAACUUACUUACAAUAAUCAAAGAACGAGAUUUUCCAGUUUUGGAUAAUUUAUACAUGCUAAUAUUAAGAAGAAAUCAACUAAGUGACAUUACAUCCGGUGCUUUAACGAACCUAACUCGACUCAAAGUUUUAGAUGUAGAUGAUAAUAGCCUAAGCUCAGUGCCUGUUGGCCUCGAGAACCUAAUGAUGCUGCAGGAAGUCUCAGCAUCCGGCAAUCGCAUCCGAUGGCUAUCGAAGGGCGAUUUUCCGAAAAAUCUAGUCUCCCUGGAACUGAAGUCCAACCCGCUGGUUGGGAUCAAGGCGGGCGCCCUCCAGAACAUGCCCCGGCUCCGAAAGCUCAUCCUUUCCGAUGUUCGCGGCCUCAAUGAACUACCUCCACUGGAUGGCUGCACGGCGCUCGAAGUGCUGCGGUUAGAUCGAGCCAACUUGUCCAAAAUACCUGAUCAUAUUUGUAAGACUUCGCCGCGCUUGAAAAGCUUGGAUUUGAAAUCCAAUGUAUUGCAAAGCAUUCCAAAUGUAACAAACUGUCGUGAUUUAAGAGUGCUAGACUUAGCCAGCAAUAGGAUAAGCACACUGCACGGUGCCCCGUUCUCUAGUCUCGGUCAGCUGCACGAUCUGCUGCUCUCGAACAACGAAAUCGAAUCUAUUCCGCACGACGCGUUCAUCGGGCUGCCCCGGCUCCAAGUGCUGGACAUGGAAUCGAAUCGGCUGUUCUUCAUCCACCCGGACGCUUUCCGGGCGUUGAAGAAGCUCGAGGACUUAAACUUGGGCAACAAUCUGUUCCCGCAGCUACCGACGGCCGGGCUCGAGCGGUUGCUGCACUUGAAGACGUUCAACAACCCGAACCUGCGCGAGUUCCCGCCACCGGAGUCGUUUCCCCGCAUCCAGACGCUCGUCCUGUCGUACGCCUACCACUGCUGUUCCUUUCUGCCGCUCUCGGCGGCCGCACCGAAAGUUCCUAGCACCUUCAACAUCCGCGAGAACGUCCUCUUCCCGACCGACAACGAGUUCGACAUGAGCCUGUGGAACAACAGCUACAACGACAUCUGGCCGCAGCUGCAAAACUUGAGCAAAAAGUUUGGCACCCAAAUCAGUGACCUGCUGAACGCGUACGGUGCCGAGUACGGUAGCUACCCGGGCCACCUGCCGACCUUCCCGGACGAGUAUUUUGAGGACGAGCUGGGCAUUACGCACGCCUCGCCGACGGCCCAGCCCGGCUCGAUCCAGUGCCUGCCGGAGCCGGGCCCGUUCCUGCCGUGCCAGGACCUGUUCGACUGGUGGACGCUGCGGUGCGGCGUGUGGGUCGUCUUUCUGCUCGCCAUGCUCGGCAACGGCACGGUGGUGUUUGUGCUGAUUUUCUCCCGCUCCAAGAUGGACGUGCCGCGCUUCCUGGUGUGCAACCUGGCGGCGGCCGACUUCUUCAUGGGCAUCUACCUGGGCUUCCUGGCGGUGGUGGACGCGUCGACGCUCGGCGAGUUCCGGAUGUACGCGAUCCCGUGGCAGAUGAGCGCCGGCUGCAAGCUGUCCGGCUUCCUGGCGGUGCUCAGCUCCGAGCUGUCCGUCUACACGCUGGCGGUGAUCACGCUCGAGCGCAACUACGCCAUCACGCACGCGAUGCACCUGAACAAGCGGCUCUCGUUGCGGCACGCCAGCUACAUCAUGACCGUCGGCUGGACGUUCGCGAUCACGAUGGCGGUCCUGCCGCUGCUGGGCGUGUCCGACUACCGCGUGUUCGCCGUGUGCCUACCGUUCGAGAUCCAGAAGGGCACCGGCAGCCUGGCGUACGUUGUAUUUCUCAUGUUCAUCAACGGAGUGGCCUUCCUCAUCCUGAUGGGGUGCUAUCUCAAGAUGUACUGCGCAAUACGCGGCUCCCAGGCCUGGAACUCGAACGAUUCGCGCAUCGCCAAGCGGAUGGCGCUGCUCGUCUUCACCGACUUCAUCUGCUGGUCGCCGAUCGCCUUCUUCUCGCUGACCGCCGUCUUCGGCCUGCACCUGAUCUCGCUCGAGCAGGCCAAGGUGUUCACCGUGUUCGUGCUGCCACUCAACUCGUGCUGCAACCCGUUCCUGUACGCGAUCCUCACCAAGCAGUUCAAGAAGGACUGCGUCCUCAUCUGCAAGGCCAUCGAGGAGUCGCGGGUGACCCGUGGCAUUGGCCGCUGCCGGCACAGCUCCAACUUCAGCAACCGCCACACGCCCGCCAACACCAAUUCGCUGGUGGAGCGCUCGUCCAAGGAGCUCCCGCCGCUGCUCGGUCCCGGCCAGCCUUGUAGCUGCUCGGCGAAGCUGCUCGAGCAGGAGACGGCCCGGGCGCGGAUGCACCACCACGGCCACCAUCAGCCGCAUCUCCUGCAGCAACACCACGGGCCACUUCACCACCAGCCGCAGCACCAGCAGGCGCCACAGCAACCGCAGCGCCAUCAGGGCGUGUUGCGGCGCACCUGGAACCGGCUGGUGUUGUGCGGUUGGGCCGCUCCGGGAGAACGCAGUCGGCGGCGGCCUGGUCGGGGAGGGGACCAGUACGCGUACCAGAUCGCGGAGAUCCAGCAGAAGCAGCACAAGCGGGCGGGUUCGGUGUCGUCGAGCGAAAACUUCAGCUCCUCGCGGUCCGACUCGUGGCGCAACGCGCAGCACCACUGCGGCAUUCCGCUCCGGCUGCUCGACCCGCGGCGUCGCCACACGUCCUGGCUGAUAACGCGCAAAACGUCCCAGGACUCGAACCUGUCCAGCUCGCGCAACGACUCGUCCGGCUCGACCGCCACGCAGAGCACCGGCACGUGGCGCAUUUCGCGCUCGAGCGGCAGCACCUCCGUCGCGCUGCCGGGCGUGCGUAUCGAUGGCGUCGGACAUCCGGUACCGGGAACCGCCCGCCAAUCGAUCCCCGGCGGCAAACCGAGGCUCGUGCGCCAGUCGGCGGUGCAGGAGGACACGCACGAGCUGUCCUGUUCGCCGCCGCGCCUCGGCGUGCGCUUCCUGCCGACGAUCCCGUCCGCCGCCGACAGCAGCGUUCAGCUGGACGACGAGUCGGCCGACGCGGCCAGUCCGACCUCAAGCCAAAGCGGCAUCCAGCCGGCCCCCGCCCCGUUCUACGCCAUCCUGCACGGCAGCGGCCACCCUCAGGCAACCGUCUCUAGUCUCAAAGAUAAAACCAAACCCCCGUGA